AAGAGAGAAAAAAGAAAAAACAUAUUUGGGAUUCCCAUAAAAUUUAAGCCUAGGCAGGGCUAGGCAGCAGAAGCUCUCAUUAUCAGAACCUCAGCUCCAGCGGCCCCAAUUUCUCACAAAAUCCCAUUUUGGUAACUCACCUUUUUUAAACUUUGUGCCUCAGAGAUACCAGUUCUGAAGGGACUUUAGGUGGCUCUUUAACCCAGCUGAAGAAAGGUGACUGUGUCAAAAGUCUGUGUUUCUGUCUGAAGACUUGAGUCUCGGUUCCUGUGGCCUCCUUUUCAAAGACUCAGUCUAGCACAUCCUAAAUUAACUCACCAGGCAACAGAGUAUGAAAUCGGACAUGACCGAUCGAUCCUUGGGCAUUGAUUCAAAGCAAAACUAAUGGAAUGUAAAGAAAAUGUAAGAAUCUAUCGUGCCGUAAAGGCUGCCUAUUUAGCCAUUUUGUAAAAUAAAAUGUCAUUUGGGAGCUGGGUGGAGGUGUAAUUUUUGAAGCACCAACUAAAACAAGGCAUAGGGACAUUGCAAACUAGUGCUGUACAGCUUGAGCCUUGAGGGAAUGGCUUUGUUAGAUGCCACUGACUAAAAUAAUUGCAUGGUAAUUUUGGCUAGAGGCACCAUCCUAUCAUCUGAUGAUUUUCAAACUGUGCAUGGGUAGUUUGGGCUGAGUUAUCCAGCUACAAAGAUCCGAGAAGUCUGCUCAGCAUACCACGUCUAUGUUUUGGCUCUUGGGGAAAAAAAAAUCGCGUGUUCUAGCGCUGUCGAAGGAAGGUAUCUGAGCUACAGUAAUCCGCAGCACUGAGUGCUCCGUCUGCAAUGCUCUAAGACAGACUAACCAAGGACUUUCUCAUAAGAGAUGAACUUGUGACCAUGGGCGACUGGAACCUGUUGGGCAGCAUCCUUGAAGAAGUGCACAUCCACUCUACCAUAGUUGGCAAAAUCUGGCUCACAAUCCUGUUCAUAUUCCGGAUGCUGGUGCUGGGAGUGGCUGCUGAAGAUGUCUGGGAUGAUGAGCAGUCUGAGUUCAUCUGCAACACAGAGCAACCUGGCUGCAACAAUAUCUGUUAUGACCAGGCCUUCCCCAUCUCUUUGAUCAGAUACUGGGUACUUCAGAUCAUAUUUGUCUCUUCUCCAUCACUAGUUUACAUGGGUCAUGCACUCUACAGGUUAAGGGCUCUCGAGAAAGAGCGACAGAAGAAGAAAGCCCACCUGCGGGCUCAGCUAGAAGACCUGGAGCCCAUGCCCGAGGAGCACAGGAGAGUGGAGAGAGAACUGCGUAAGCUGGAGGAACAGAAGAAAGUGAAUAAGGCACCCCUGAGAGGGUCCCUGCUGCGCACCUAUGUCCUACAUAUCCUAACCCGAUCUGUGGUCGAAGUGGGCUUUAUGAUAGGUCAGCAUCUUUUAUAUGGGUUUCACAUGCCCCCCCUUUACAAAUGCACUCGGUCCCCUUGCCCUAACACGGUGGAUUGUUUUGUGUCCCGACCAACAGAGAAGACCAUCUUCAUGGUCUUCAUGAACAGCAUCGCUGCUGUCUCCCUGUUCCUCAACCUCCUAGAAAUCGCCCACCUGGGCCUCAAGAAGAUCAAAAAGAGCCUCUACUGGCGUCCACCGAGACCGGAGGAGGAGGCCAGCCUCUGCAACUCCAAGAAGAGCUCCGUGGUGCAGCCAGCCUGCCUGGCCAGCAACGCCUCUCCUCCGCGGCCCGCCACAGCCCCGCCGCCCCCCAUUGCUCCGGUUACUGCCGCUCCCGCGGGGCAGCCGGAUGCUCCGCCGGGCCGCCAGGACCGCGGAGAGCUCCGCGGCGCCACGCCGACCCGCCGCCGGCACAGCGCGGGGCAGCACCACGGACAGCAGCCGCCGCCCUCCUCCAGCAGCGACGAGGCGUCGCGGGCACCCAGCGCGGGGGCCCUAGCUCGCAGGGCGCCCCGCAGGCACAGCCGGGGCAGCGGCUGCCGAGACCGCGAUGAGGAGCGCGGAGAAUCCCCAGACAGCGGGCACUGCCCGGGCACCCGCAACUCCAGCUUCCUCUCCCGCGUCCUCACCGGGAGCCGGGCAAGCAGCGACAGCGAGAGCGCCGCCUCCUGUGGAGACCCCAGCCCCGGCUCGGGCUCCGGCUCGGAGGGGAAGUGCCGGGAGAAGGACAGCCCGACCAGCAGCCCGCCGCCUGCCGCCGCCAUGGGCCGCCGUGUGUCGAUGAGCAUGCUCCUAGAACUAUCAUCUAUCAUGAAAAAGUAAUUACAUUCUAAGGAGAAGAAAUAAACAAAGGGAUUGAGCACAAACUGCCUUCAGCAGAGAGAUAAAAACCAGGUUAUCUGUUGCUAUGUUCCCUUCUCCUGCCACUACAAUGCUCAAUUCGUAAUACAGUUUCAGAAAGCAACCACUUUAUUCCUCCAUUUUGCAGCAAUCCCAGCCAUACCAUACUCUGAUUGCUGGUGUUCAGGUAGCUCAUGCCACAGCUGAAGAUUUUUCUCAUGUAGACUGAACCAGACAUGGUCAGUGUGUGCUGCCACUGCAGAAACAGCCUUGUGUCUCUGGGAGAACAUUUUGAGAUGUACAACUUGUUGUGCAUGGUAGUAGUGUUCAUAUCAGAAACCAGCCUGAUCCAUAGACCUUCAAGGUAGCGUAAGACCCAAAGCACUUACAAGAAAGGGUUAGUUUGAUUUGAAAGUAACCUGGAGGGCAGUGUGGCCUCUAUCUCCCCUGGCUUCAGCAGCCAAUGAAUAAAAGAUGGAAGAAACACUCAUGGAAUCUGAAGGGACAGAGAAUUUGAGAGAGAUGAAAAACAAACUGAAGAAUAUGCUGCUGCUCACCUGCCUGUGUUAUGCAGCCCUCAAGCUCUGACGGAGUCUUUCCGUGCUAAUGUGGCCUCCUCAUAGCUAAUACUCUCUGCUUCGAAACUGAAACAGUAAAAUUGGGCAACUUAUUUUAAUUGCAGUAUUUCUGUGCUUUUCAGUUUGCUGUUCAAGACGACCUGCAAGCUAUCACUUCAGGGUCAUGAAAAUCUUAUUCCCUUCACUGUCUCAUAUAGAGGAACUGAAAGACAAGCAAAGCCCAAAAGACCUCAUCUUCAGUUUGCUUGGACAGACUAGCUCUGGAGGGCUGGAUUUCUGGGUUGUAUGUGGCCCAAGAAAGCAAUCUUUCCACUAGUGUAUCUGGAAAACAAAGCACCUUCCUCCGACUGUCCCUGACCCUGUUUCUGGCCACAUGCUUUUGGCUGCUUUUAUUUGUCAAGCUUAUCAUAGCUUGCAUUUGCAAUCACCUCAACAGCAAGUGAUGCUUGGAACAAGCUCGUUUGCUAUGCCAGUUUCCCCAAGCAUAAAAAUCCUCUUUGACUUGGCAUCUUUAAAGCAAGGCUAGCAGAAAGCAGAAAAAACAGUCAAGCAUAAAGAUUGCAUGAGAUUACAGCGUUUUUGUUCUGGUGCACAUGAUCUACAUUUAUAUCCUGCCUCACUACAAACUCGCUGACAGGUUGUGUGUGCAUUUGUUUAGUAUUUUAAGGCAAAAAAAAAAGGGGAAAUACUUGAGAUGGUGGCCAUUAAGCACCAGCAACAACUGAUCAGGGAUGGAGAAACAGCUUUGCUAAAGUACAUUCUCUACUGCCAGGCUAUGUGUAGCUGUGGUGGAUGCUAUGUCUUCUGACAGAUUUGAGGGGGUGGAAAGCUUUCUUCAUAUACUCUCAACAGGAAGAUUCAGAAAACCGGGUAACUCUGGAAAGUUACAUGUUUCAGUUUUGGAACUGAAAAAUCACAGGCAACUUUCACUGCUGCAGAUGGGGGACUGCACAACUCACAUCCCGAAGGAUGGUGGCCCAGGGCACGCGAUCUAGGGUUUCCUGUCUGAUGGUAAAAAAGCAUAAGGACCUCCCUCUAGCAGCUUGCCUCCUCUCUGCUCCCACGGCAGCACCCCAGCAAAUGUGUCGGCCUGGGUAGGACAAGUGGUCACGCCAUUCCCCCCUUCCUAGGUCUCCUCCUGCCAGGCUGUUGAGCAGGCUCUCAGGUAGCAUCCAACCCAAGGAGUGAGGUGGCUGCCAUGUGUUUGGGAGUCCUACAGUCCCCCUGCUAGAGCCCACACCUUGCUUGUGGUAAUAGCUCCUAAGGCUGUUACAAUUUCUUCUUUUCUGCAUCUUUUGCAGUAUAAGUGAUGCCAGUGGUCCAUAGCACAAGUUCUUACUUCAGAGAGGAACUCUCCCAUAUUUGGGUUACACUCAGAGAUUUUCAGCUGUAUUUUGUUUCUGCAGAAACCUCUCAAUUUCUCUCAGGUUUUCCGUAAAGGGGAAACACAUCCCAACCCCUCCCCUUGCCUCCCAACAUCUACAGAGGCACUUCAGAAGACCAAAACAAAGACUUAGCUGAAUUGCCUUAAGUCAAGCACUAGGGGAGCGGGUACAAAUACAGCUCCUUUGAUCUUCCAGAAUAACUUACUUCAUCUUUGCAAUUAAAUACCCUCGGCUGUUCCUGCAGCAAAUCAAAGAUAACUGGAUCCCUGGAUCAAAGGUGAACAGUGAAUUAGCAAUGGGACCAUGUGAGUGGAGACCUCCUCAUCAGCCCAGAGAUUCACUGAGCAGUAUCAACCACAUGCAACCUACUCUCCCAAAUCUCAUCUCCAACCCAUGCGUUAACUGAGCACUGCAACAUCAAUUUCCGAGUCAAGAAUAGUCGAUUUACAAUACAUAAUGAUAUGUCUUUAUUUCAUCAACAGAAAUGGUGUCUAGACAAAAUUCAGUUAACACUAGCAAUUCAAAUGAAUGAAAAGGGUCGGAUGGUUUUUUUUUCUUUUUUUUUUUUUUUUUUUGCACAAUACUGUAUUUACAAUGAGUAAAUGACAUUUUAAAUUCAUUAGUUCAUAGCAAUGCUUUCUUCGAAAAAGGUAAAAAUUCUUAGUAACAGAGAGUAAGCAUCAACAGCCA